ACACAAGUUAUAUGUAGCUAAGCGUUUAAUGUCUAUUUUAUAAAGUUGUUAACAAAAUUAUAUAUUCAAAAUUUUCCUUUAAAAAAAUGUAUAAUUUUGUAUAAUGGAAACGAAUAUAGAGUACAUAUGCUGCAACCAGGCACCUAGCUCGUCUAGUUCGACAAAUAUAUUUUGUGAUGGUGAAAAGUUGUGCAGUCCAUGUGGAUGUUAUCGGUGCUGUAAGUCCGCCUUUUUUAAUGAUCAUACCUAUUCUAUCUUGAAGAGGAUAUGUCAUAAGAUAAUAAAAAAUCAUAAUCGACAAAGGUGUCGAGAAAACUAUUCAGUUUUCGACGGUGGUAAUAGCACAAUCUUUAGGCCGGUAGUCAAAGGACAAAAAGAUGGGGCUGAUCUAUUUAAUAAUUGUAUGGCAACCGAAAGCGUAUUUCGCAGAAACGGAUAUAAAGAAAAAAAAAAUGAAGAUGUUCACGUGCCUGACUCGAAAAUAAAUGGAAAAGGCAAUGCCUCAUGGUAUGAAAAUAUGGGUAAAAGGCUAAAUAGUAAAAAGCCUUAUCUUUCGGGACAGAACAAUGAAAAUAAUAUUGGGGGGGAGACUAAAAUGAUCAGAAAAGGGACCAUUCGUGACGAAAAGGGAAAGAAGAACGGGGAGACUGUGCCCCAAAACCACAUUGAUGUUUUUGAAAACGGCCCUAUCAAAUUCAACAAAGAAACCAACAAAAAAGAUGCUAAAGAAUCAAAAAAACGUAAGGCAGGGGCGGAUUACGACAAAGAUGAGUCAAAAAAAUCAGCAAGUGUUAAAGCUUUAGAUCGAAAUUAUGAUAUAGAUGAAAAACAUGGGAGAGAUAAAAAUCAAGGAAUAACUGAAGGAAGAGACAGAAAAAGUAGAGAAAGUAAAGCUAAACAAAUCAAAGUAGAAAAUAAUGUGGAUCAAGGUGAAAUAAAUAAGAAUGAAGAGAAGGGAGGAAAAAAUGGGAAAAAUAGAACAAGUAAGACUAAGCAACCGAAAUUGAAAAGAAUGUAGAUCAAAGUAAAAUAAAUAAUACUGAAGAGAUGGAAGGAAAAGAUAAGAAAACUAGAACGAGUAAGACUAAACAACCCAAAAUUGAAAAGAAUGUAGAUCAAAGUAAAAUAAAUAACAAUGAGGAAAAGGAAAGAAAAAAUAUAAAAAGUAAAGCUAAACAAUCAAAUAUGGAAGAGAAUGUAGAUAAAGGUGAAAAAAAUAAAAAUGAAGA